AUGAAGGAACGAGUUAUUAGGACAAUAGAUGAAGAUGGAAAAGCAGAGCAAAUCCUAUAUAUUUUGAGUAGUAAUAAUAUAAAUGACGAUGUAAAUAAUAAUAUUUCGAAUAAUGAAUGCAUAAAGAAGCAUUAUAAUAAUGAAAUAAUUAAUCGAAAUAAAAAUAAUACGAAUAUCACAAACAUUAGCAAUUGCCAAAAAGAAACCAAUGAUUUCUUGAUAACAAAAAAUACAAAAAAAUAUGGAGAAAAAAAUGAGAAUGAAAUGAAAUAUAAUAAUAAUGAACAGGAGUAUAUGAUAAUAGACACAGAUGAUGAAAUGAAGAAUUCUGGACUUAUAUUUGCUCAAGAAAAUAAUAUAAAUGAUUUACCUUCGACAAUUAUGUUAGAGGGAAACGUUGAAAUGGAAAUAAGUUUACAAAAAAAUAUCCAAAAUUAUUCAAUCACAGAUACUAUGAAAAAUGAAAAUAAUACAAAUUUGAUUGGAAACGAUAAGAAUAGAGAAAACAGUUAUAUUAGUUUAUGUUCUAGCAAUGUCGAAAAAAAUGAUGAAGAUGAUAAUGCACAUAGUAUAAUAAAUGUGGGUAACGAAAAUAUUAAUAUAAAGGAAAAAAACAAAAUGGAUUUAAAAAUAAUGGAAAAAAAUUUUCAAUCCAACAAUAACUAUGAAAAUAAAAAACAAGAAAAUUCAAUAAAUACAAAUAGUAAUAAUAUUAAAGUUGCUCGUAAAAGAGGGCGAAGAGAAAAAAAUUCUCUAAAAAAUGAAAAUGGAUUUUUAACAAUUGAUGAUAAUAAUAGUAGUGUGUUUUAUAGUAAUAAUUAUAUUCUUUCUAAUCCUACUGAUUCAACUAUUACAAAUAAUAUUAAAGACGGUACAAAUAUAAAAAAUGACAACAUUAUAGAUGUACAGGGAAAUAAAAAUAAUACCCAAAUAACAAUAAAUGAUAGCAACAGUAUACAUAAUAAUAACCGACUAUGUGUUUUGGAAUAUGAGGAUAAAUAUAAAGACACUUAUAAGGGUUGUGAUCAAAAUAUGACUGAAAUAAAAGAAUAUUCAUCUAUUAAGUUCGAAAAUGACAAUAAACAAACAGAUAGAAGAAGGCGACGAAAAAGAAAAUUAAAAAAAGGUAAUGCAAAUGAAAAAAAUAAAGGAAUCAGAAGAAACAAAUCUCAAUCAGUAUUGGUAAAUAAUGGAAAUAUAAAAUAUAAAAUUGGAAAACACAAUAUGCCAAUCAUAUAUGGAAAAAAAAAAAAUAACAAUAAUAAUAAUAAUAGUAGUAACAAUAAUAAUAGUAGUAACAAUAAUAAUAGUAGUAACAAUAAUAAUAGUAGUAAUAAUAAUGAUAAUAAUAGUAAUAAUAAUGAUAAUAAUAGUAAUAAUAAUGAUAAUAAUAGUAAUAAUAAUGAUAAUAAUAGUAAUAAUAAUAACAUGUAUUAUUAUGGAUAUGAAGAGGGGCAUAACACUUUAGAUAAUAUGAUUAACAAAAUGUCUAAUAUAAAAAUUUCUAAACAUUUUUUUUUAAAGAUGGAUGAUGAUAAUACAAGUGAAAGUAGUACAUUGUCAAACUCUAUAAAAAAUGAAAAUUUAAAAAAAAUAAUAAUAAUAUUUGAUCAAAAAUAUAAUAUGGGGUUUAUUUGCAAUGUUGCUAAAAGAUAUUUAACAAUUGAAGAAGAAGGGACAUUAUUAAAUUUAAUAAAAAAACUAAAUGGCAAAAGAUUUAAUUUUAAUAAUAUAACAUCUAGCAAAGAUUCAUCAAUUGAACAAUUUAUGUUAUAUAAUUUGUUUUCUUAUGAUAUAACAACUUUAAAAAGUUCUUUAAAAUUAAUAUAUACUUUUUGUUUAUUUAAAAAUUUAAGAUUGUAUUUUCAGAUACAAAAUAAAAAUAUGUGUAUAGAAGGAAAUGGAACUUGGAGAAUUAAAGAUAAUUUGUUAGAUACACACUCAAUAAUAUUAUCAAUGUUUAACAAUUACUACAGAAAUAUGAAUAAAGACAAAUUGACAGCCAUUGAUUUUAUAAAUUCUUAUUAUUUUAAUAUUCAUAAUAUAAAAUUUGCUAAAAAAAAUGUGCAGCCAAAUAAAACUUAUGAUAAUAUAAUCGAAAUGGAUCAAAAUAAUGAAAUAGAUGAAGAUAAUAAUAAUAAUAUAAAUCGAAAAGAAGGAAAAAUAAAAGGAAGAGGACGACGAAAAACAAAAGAAAUUGUCAUAAAAAAAGAAAAAGGAAAAAGACGUCGAAAAAGCCUUAAAAAUAAGUCUUAUUUAUAUGGUAACUAUAAAUAUGAAAAUAAUGAAUUUAAUAAUAUUGAUUCUAAAAAAAUAAUAAAAAGAAGAAGAGGUAAAUGGGGAUAUAAAUUAAUUUCAAAAGAAAAUGAAAACCAAAUUAUAAAAGAAGAAAAAUCUAUUGAUGAAAUAAUUAAAGGUAAACAAGAUAAUUAUAUUGAAAAAAAAAAAAAAAAAAAAAAUUUAAAUGAAAAAGAAAAUGAAUUAGAUGAAGAAAAUGCAUUUAAUCAAGAAAAUAUCAAUAACUUGGAUAAUAAAUUGUCAGAAAAUAUAGAUGACCAAAGAAACGAAGAAAAUAAUGUAAACGUGGUAGAUGUAAAAAUAAACAGAAUCAGGAAUAGUAACACUAAAUACAAUUUAAAAAAUCGUAUAAAAAGAGAAAAUUCAAAUUAUUAUGAUAUUACAAAUAUGAAAAAUAAUGAAAAUGAACAAAUAGAUAUUUCUAAAACCGAAGAAAAUAAUAAUGACUUUGAUUUGGAAAUUUCUAAAAAUGAAAAUGAAGAAAAUAAAAAUGAAGAAAAUAAAAAUGAAGAAAUAAAUUUAUUAUUUGUAAAAAAUAAACCAAAUUAUAAUAGAAAUUUUAAUGACAUUAUAAAUAUAGGUUCUAGUAAUGAGACUGGUUUAGAAACUGAGCAAAGUGAUAAUAUUAUUCUGAGAAAAAAUAAUAAUGAAUCUUCUUUAUCAUAUUAUUCUAUGCAUAAUAAAGUUAAAUGUAAAAUAGAAGAAUCAAAUGGUAUAGAAAAUAUAUCUAAUACUGAAUGUGAAAAUGAUAUGAAUAUAAAGAAUACUGAAAAGUGUGAUGAAGAAAAUAAUGCAACUAUUAAAGAUGAUAAUGGAGUAGAUGUAGGAAAAAGCGGAAUAAAAAAUGAAGGAAAUGUGGAAUAUAAAAAAAAAAUAAUUUUAAGAAGGCGAAAUGGAAAAGAAGAAAAAGAAAAUAAUAUUAUCAAUGAAAUGAAUAUAACAAAAACAGGAUGCUUUAUCAAUAAUGGAAAUCGUAACGGAAAUAAUAAUGGAGCUUUAAUUAAAAAAGGAGUAUUUUGUAAUUCCAUGACAUUGAUAAAAAGACGACGAAGAAAAAGACGUAUAUCCAAAAAAGCAAAAAUACAAAAAAGUAUAGAAAAAGAAAAUGAACAAAUUGGACGCAAAAGAAGACGAAGAAGAAAAAAUAUAAAUCCAGAUGAAAGUUGUACCGAAGAUGUAAUAAAAUUAGAAAAUGUAAGCAUAAUGCUUUUGGAAAGGAUUAAAAAUAAUUAUAAAAUGUUGAUAGAAAAUAAUGAACUUAAUAAAAAAAAACAAGAAAUGAAACAAUACAAUAAUAAUAAUAAUAAUGCAAAGCAUCAUGCUAAUACAAAGACUUAUAACUAUAUUGAUAAUCGUGAUGAUUCUGGAUAUUUAAAUGAUAAAAAUAGAGAAAAUGAGGCAUCUAAUGCUGAGGGUUCACAUAAAUACAACGUUAAUAGAAAUUGUUUGGAGUCUGGUUCUGUGGUGAAUAAUAAUAAUACCAGUUGUAAUACUAUUGGAAUCAUAGAUGUAGAUAAUAGUUUUAGAACCCAAAAUAACGAAAUAAUGUUGGCUAGUAACACUAAUGAAGGAAUACAAUAUCCUAAUACCAAUUCUCGAGUUUUACAAGAUAACAUUUCAAAUAAUUUUGAAGGCAAAUUAAAUGGUAAUGAAAAUGUUAAUAACCAAAACCAGAACAAUGAAUCGAAUAUAAAUACAGUUAUAUAUGAAAGUAAUAAUAUUAUGGAAAAUAAGGGAAAUUGUAAUAAUUCAAUUACCAAUUUAAACAAAAUAAAUUAUACUAACUUUCAAAAUGAUAUAAUUAAAACUGAAUUAAGUGAAAAAGAAAAAAAACAUAUGCUAACUAUUGAUUCGAUAUAUAAUAGCAAUUUUAAUAUCUUAGAUAUAAAAGUGAAUACUCAUUUUUCACAUAAUUAUCAUAUAGCCUUAUUUUUUUUAUGUAAAUAUACAUCAUAUAAUUUAUUUUUGCAUCCAAUAAAUAAGAAUGAGCAUAUUGUAUCAUCAAUAAUAUUAAAUUCUAAAAACGACAUACUUACAGAUAAUGGAAAUUGUUUUGUUUUAAAAUAUUUGCUAUCUUUUUUAAGUAACAAAAUAUCAAGCCUUAGAAAAUGUUAUGCUAAUGCGUUAUAUAAUUCCUAUUUAUUACAAAUGCCAAUAAGAAUAUUUCGUCAUAAUAAUUUGAAAACCAAAUAUGGUCCGAAUUAUGGUAUACGAUAUGAUGGAAUAUAUAAAAUAGCGAAUGCAUUUACUGUAAAUGAUUAUUCAACAUUGGAAUAUAAAAGAGAUAUAUUAUAUGUUUUUAAAAGACUAUAUAUGGAUAAAUGCUUUAUUCCUAGUAAUUGUAGAUUUUAUAAUAGUAUAUAUGAAAGAAAAAAAAAUUUAGAUGAAAAAAAUUCGGUUUCUAUUAAUGUUUUUUUUAAAAAUGAAAUAAUCAUGACUUUAAGGGUACCAUAUAUUAAAAAUUACAAAUCUACAGCAUUUACAAAUUUUAAUCAUAUAUAUAAAUUUAUCAGAAAAAAAUGUAUUACUGAAAAUAUUGCUACAGAAUGGUUAAACUCUGAUGUUCGUAUUUAUGAAGAAUGUAUGAAGGAAUAUAAACAAAUGAAAGUUAAAGAUUCAGGAGUAAAUUCUAAAAUUAAUCAAAGUGUAUUGGUUGAUAAUAUAAAAGGAAAUGAAACAAAUAAUGACCCGAUAAGCAUAUAUCAACAUAAUGAAGAAGAAAAUAAAAGAAAACAAAAUGCAAAUAAAAAUGAUUUUAAUGGAAAAUAUCCAUUUUGGUGUUUAGGAAAAUAUUUACCAAUGGUUUUAAUGUUAGAAACAUUAUGUUUUGAAAAAGAAAUAAAUGAAAAUAAAAUGAUAAGAACUAAAAAUUUGAAAAAUUUAAAUAUUUCAAUAAAAAAAUGUGAAAUAUCUAUAAAUUGUGAAUUAGCAAAAAGACCUGCUCAUUUAUUUAUCCCAAUAAAAAAUAAAGAAGCAAUAUCAGCAUAUAUAGAAUUGAAAAAACCUUUUGAUGAUAAUUGGAAUCCAUAUGAAGACUUAUCUGCUGGAAAAGAAAAAUUUAAAAUUCCUGUUGAAAAUGAUGUAGAUAAUGAAUUACCCCCUAUGAAUUUCACUUAUGUUAACAAAACAAUAUUUUUUUCUCGAUUACCUCCAUAUAACUUAUUACCUCUAUGUUCUGGGUGUACCCCCCAAAAUUAUAAUAAAAAAGAUUUUGAUGAAAUAUAUAUUAAUGGAUAUUGCAAAGCACUGAAACAUAAAAGAACGAAUGAAAUAUAUUGUGAUGGAAAUAAAAACUAUGAUAUUAAUGAUUUUAAUGUUUUAGCUGCAUGUUCAGGAAAUUGUUUAUGUGACCCACUAAAAUGUAUAAAUAAAUUUCCAGAAGGUUUACAUUAUCCUGUAAAAGUUGUAAAAACCGUCGAUAUUGGAUGGGAUAUAGUUGCAUGCUCACAUAUAAAAGCAAACUCACUUAUUAUGCAUUAUGUAGGUGAAAUAACAACUCGAAAAGAAAUGAUAUCUAGGGAGCAUGAAUAUGACAAAAAAGGAUAUUUUAAUUAUUUUAUUGAAACUGCAGAAGUAGAUGAAACUUAUGCCGAUGAUUGGAAAAUACCAUGUAUUGAUGCUUUAUUUAUUUCGAACGUUGCUCGUUUUUUAAAUCAUUCAUGUGAGCCUAAUGUUAAUGUUAUAACAAUAUGGAGAGGUGAUAGUUAUCCAUCCGUUGGGGUAUUUUCAUCAAGGGAUAUAAGUCCAAAUGAACCCCUGAAAUACCAUUACGGAAUUAACUACAAAAAUAUUAAAUGUAUGUGUCGUUCGAAAAAGUGCAAAGGAUAUAUUGGAUAG